AUGUUUGAUAUUGGUGAUGAUGCUUUCUUUUCUUUUUUGGUUGAUGAAUCGCGUGAUAUAUCAGUCAAGGAGCAAAUGGCAGUUGUACUUCGCAAUGUGAAUACCAACGGACAAGUAGUUGAAAGAUUUGUGGGCAUAAAACAUGUUCCUAAUACCACUGCUUUUUCACUUAAAGAGGCAAUUGAUCAAUUCUUCUCUAUAAACAGAUUAAGCAUAUCUAGAUUGCGUGGACAAUGUUAUGAUGGGGCUAGCAAUAUGCAAGAAAUAUUGGGAAUAUCAAAUGUGUUGUCACAUGCAUUGCAAAAGAAAGAUCUCGAUAUAGUGAGUGUUAUGGCUUUAGUCAAAGCAUGUAAGCAACAAUUACAAGCAAUGAGGGAUAAUGGAUGGGAUGCUUGGCUUGAUAAAGUUUCUUGUUUUUGUGGCAAGCAUGAUAUGGAUAUUCCUGAUAUGAAUGAUAUCUUUGUAGCUCGAGGGAGGUCAGGGCGUAGAGUUCAAAAAUUGACAAACCUUCAUCACUACUAUGUUGAUCUCUUUAUUGUUGUUAUUGAUAAGCAACUUCAAGAGUUGAACAAUCAUUUUAAUGAGACAAGUAUAGAGUUGCUUCUUUGUGUUGCAUGCUUAAGCACAGAUGACUGA